UCUGCGAGGAAAGGGAUAACAUUAGUUGCUUUGGCCUGUUUCACCGGCUUGGUGAACAUGAAUUUGCUAAAAUGAUCUACUGCGACUUUCCCACCAUACCAAUGCCCCUUAAGGGACCAUGACUAUAAUUUCAAGCCAAAUCCCCCCACCGUCCCAUUAUGCAAAAACGAUCAUACUUACGCUGUUCACUUACCCCAACGCUGAUCACCUUUCUUUUCUUCUUUUUAAGGUACCCAGGUCUUCUCCUUUUUUUUAAAAGGGGGGAAAGUAAGGUAUUUGUCAGAAACGACAUCUACCAUACAAGCCAAGAACUACAGAGCAACUGUCUACAAUCCUACCUGGAUCAUAGGAGUGGAACUGGACGGAGAUCGGAAGUGGAGAGGUGGAAGAGAGGGAUCACUUUUACAUCAUCCUAGUCUUGACCUUUGAAGCAUCAACUUCUUCCUAUUUUAACUGUGUGACACAACCUCGAUGUUAGAUGUUGUGAAGAGAGAUCAAUCGUCCACUGAAGAAUUCAUGGUGGAAUGCCUGAUGUUGAAUUGGAUUUUCUACCGUUGAGUGGCAAUGUGUGUUUUCAAGGCUUGCAAGAGUCGGUUGGGGGAAAAAAUCCACCUUAUUUCUGAACCAGUUCUCUGGGGUUCUUCUUAUUUUAUCUCGUGUUUGUGAGCUUGUGUAUUCACUCAAAAUGAAACUUGCUUCGUUUACAUGCUGGUAAUCUUCUGGAAUUUUCUUCGGAAGAAAACAAAUCCAUACUUGAGUGAACGCUAUUGAAAAUCGUCUCUUGAGGUCUGAGCCAUGGACGAUAAUUCCAGGCGGCAACGUAUCCGGGUACUUAAGAAGAGUUCUCCGAAUGGAAAUAUUACGGUAUACCUUGGCAAGCAGGACUUUGUGGACCAUCUCACUCACGUUGAUCCUAUCGGUGGGGUCAUUUUGAUGAACCCGGAUGACCUGAACAACAAAAAAGUAUUCGGUAAAGUGCUCCCUGCGUUUCGAUACGGUUGCAAUGACCCCGACGUUGUCGGCUCAACGUUGCGCAAGGACCUUUGUUUUACUACAAACCAAAUUUACCCACCAAGAGAUGAAAUGCCUGCCAGAACACCCACUCGUUUUCAGGAGCUGCUGCUGAAGAAGCUGGGUGCCAAUGCGCACCCGUUCUACUUUGAAUUCCCUCUGAAAUGUCCAGCAUCGGCAACCCUGCUAUCCGCGAUCCGGGACCCCGGGAAACUCCGUGGGGUCGACUAUGAAUUCCGCGUUUACGUUGCGGAAACUGCGGGAGAAAAGCAGCAGAAGAGCUUUACCACCAUGGCGAAGGAAAUUGGGUUUGUUGUGGAAUGA